CUCUCUGUCAACAGCUCUUUCUGUCAACAGCCCUCUCUGGCAACAGCCCUCUCUGUCAACAGCCCUCUCUGUCAACAGCCCUCUCUGUCAACAGCCCUCUCUGUCAACAGCCCUCUCUGUCAACAGCCCUCUCUGUCAACAGCUCUUUCUGUCAACAGCCCUCUCUGUCAACAGCCCUCUCUGUCAACAGCCCUCUCUGUCAACAGCUCUUUCUGUCAACAGCUCUUUCUGUCAACAGCCCUCUCUGUCAACAGCCCUCUUUGUUCCACUUCCUCCCUU